CGGAUGAGUCUGCGCAAUCCGCGCGUUGGAGUCGCACGGUGAUUGUGAUUUGCUUGACGGUUCUGGGUUGCAGUAAAUUGGAAAUUCAUUAUUGAAAGCCUUGGACUCGUCGCAUAGAAAUUAUACACCUCGUUUAACCGUCGUGAAGUUUUUUUUUUAUCGUUCUAGAAGAACGGAAAUUGAAACACCGUCUAAAGGGGUGCGGAAGAGUAACGCGAGUGCCGUCAAAAUGUCGCUGGAAACAGCAACGUCGAUACAGUGAUCAUUUUCUGUUUGGAGUAAAGAAAGACAUCAAGAACCUGAACCAGCAACAAAUUUGAGCAGGAAGAUUAAACAAGCUACCUGUGUAGUAUUGCUGCCAGAAGAUAUUAGCCAAGGUGGCAUAGAUCUUGUGAAGCUAUGGCUACUGCUGCUAAGGGGCGAAUUGGCCAAGUCCUUGCCUGGCAGAUAUCAUCCAGAUGGAACUUCUAGUAAUUCGAAACAGUUUAUUAGUAUAAAUUGAACACAAAAUCACAUUACACAUAUAUUCUUUCAAUACUGUGGAAGGUACCUGACGAAUUGUGCAAUUCCACAAUAAAAACAAUGGUCUCCACACGUCAGAUGAGCAGUGUGGGAAGUAAUAACAGUGGAAGUGCGGUCGGUGAUGGCAUUGCGGACACUGGGACAAUUCGCAAGAAUCAAGUGCAGACACAGCCGGGACAGUCAUCUACAGCUCCGGUUGUAGAAAGCACUCCAGCUCCGAACACUCAUUUCUUUGAUCUACCCGUUGAGAUUCAGGAGAAAGUACUUUGCUAUCUGGACUUCAAUACCAUUGCCCACUUGCGUCCCGUGUGCCAUCAGAUGGAUCGAGUAUGCGGGUCUAUCCUCAGCUCAACUUUUCAACGUCUGCAAACACAAAUGCUUUGUCGUUUUCAGGCAAUUAAAGCACAAAUGCCUAGACGUGAAUCCGCUAGACGAAAUCAUCCACUGGCUUGCGAAUCUGAUAUUAUAGAAACCUUGCAUAUGCGACUUACUCUCCUACAGAUGAGCUUUGGAAAGCACAUAGAACGCAAACAUUGUUGUUUCUUUGCAGGAGAGAUUUUGGAUGAGGUGUAUCGUAUUUUACAUUACAUCCGAGUUACUCCAAAGCUGGCUCGCCCUUACAAAGUGACUGAUGAAUUGUUUGACCUUAGUACAAUGGCCAUGGAGUACUUCAAAGAGCGCUUAGAGCCAACUCUCCCUGAAAUACCAUACUUUGGAACUGACUUUCUUGAUCUCGCAGGCACCUUUUCCUCUCCUAGUAAUGUAAGCAAACCAUUUAUGUGCCUGGAUUCUGCGCCUUUGAAUGUUGGAGGUGGCAAAGGCGGUGGAAGUAGUGGGGGCGAAGGCUCGCCACCCCAUUCUUCUGACGAUCCUGGCUUGUUGGAGUCCAACGUCGCACCUCCACAGUCUAAUAUGGUCUUGCGCAAACGCAUUCGAAAAAUUAAACAGGGAAUGAAGCGAUACAACAGCCAAUUGACAUUGAUGCGCAGAGAUUUACGCGGAUGCAAAGCGAAGAUAGCUGAGCAGCAAAAACAAAUUUUAGAAUAUGCUAGCCGACUUGAUGAUAAUGAUAAGAAAAAUGAAGAAACUUCACGGAAAUUUAGCACUCUUCUACAGGACCAUCAUCUCUGUCACGUGAAUAUUCUACAGGAACUGAACAAAUGCAAAACAGAGCUACAAUAUUGGCGUUCUAAAUCACCGGCUAUCCCGGCCUGUCUGGGAUGCGGACAAUCGAUGCCGAUCCCAUCAGAGGAUUUGCAGGCUCUGGCGAACCAAGGUGUCUUACCGGAAGCGUUGGGCGAAACCGUAGAUUUUGUUCCAAUAACAGAGGCUCGGAGCCCCUGCAUAGAAAUGAUACCGGUUCUUCUGAGUCACCCAGCAUCUGUAGAAAUGGCACCACCAAAAGCACCAGCACCAUCUAGCUUGACUAAACGAAAAUCUGCUGCUGAUGAUAUGCCAAGCGAUGCAUGUAAGAAGCCACGACGUUCGUCGAAAUCUCGUCAAGCUAAACGCUCAAAAAUCUAAAUCAAUUCUGACCACGGUACAAAUAUCUAACUAACAUCUUGAUCAUGAUGGAUCUGUAACAAUCAAAAUUCUGUAUACCGUUAUGUGGCAAUGAACUUAGACAAAUCAAACUAAUUAACAAUAUUCUUACUGAAAUAUCUUGGUCAACAGUUUCUUGGCUGUAGUUUUAUAGAUGGCUACUUCACAUGAUCAGCAAUGAAUAUUAAUUUCAGAUUUGCCGGUAUUUUUGUUAUGCUUGUGUCGAUCUCAAAGUGUAACGUGUCGUAUUACCUGAUGGAAUAAUACUAUUCGUUGAAUACUGUUAAAACAUAAUGUAUACAGACUUUGUUCAGGUCCUCUUUAAGGAUAAGAAUAUUGUUAUUAUUAUUAUCAAGGCACCCAAUGAAAAUAGAAGAAUGUUAAUAAAGGAAAGAUGCCUGUUUGUUAUUUCGAAUUCUGAUAUUUGUACAUCCGUAAAUAUCAAAAGUUACGAAGCAUUCUUUUUUUAGUUGCGUCCAUUACUUUACUAAAAUCGUUUUUGACAUUGAAUUUAACGUUUAGUACCCUUUAAAAGAAACUGGUAUUGAUUGUAUUACCAUCUUAUCACAGUUCGCAAAUCUUCUAUUUUCUUUGGCGACUUGACAUGCACCAGUUUUUAUCUGAUUUUCAGUGAUACAUUUUUUGGUGAAGUCUAAAAAGAGCCUUUAAUUCUAAUAAGUUUUCUUAAACAUUUAGGACAAUACGGGGACGGCCAUAUGGAAAAAAAUAAUAGAGUCUUGUUGAAAACAUACAUGUAUAAUCAUUUCUUCGAAAGUGAAGUAUUUCUGGAUUUUCUUUCUUGAACAAUUUUCAUUGUGGAACAUACUGUUUGCAUUACAAGUUGUUUGAAAAUUGUACAAAGAAAUUAAUUUCUGUUCAAUUUGUUGUUUCACAAGCUAAAUCCGAUCAUGAGCCAUGUAAUAAAAUUCCGGGUGAUGUGCCUUUGUCUGCUCAUAUUGUUUUACUAGCAAACCUUAUCUUAACAAGGAGCAAAACAAAUUUGAUGCAAAAAUUGUCGUUACUUUAUAGCCACCAAGGUUUGAGAAUGUUUUUUCAAUGCAAUGAUCAGUACCUGAGGGGUUGAGUGAGACUGAUUAAUACACCUACUUAAGGUCAAACAAACACUCAUAUCAGUCCAUUAUAUGCUCCAUCUCUUGCGGGAAAUUUGGAUUUCAUCCAUUUCAAAGCAGAUAAUUAGUAGAAAAUGAUUAAUUUAUACGAUGAAAGAACAUUGGUAUAAUCAAAGAAUUGCAAGUUUUCUUUUCAUUGCAUAUUGACAGAGCAUCUAGAGUGUGAUUUUAGAGACAACGACAUGUACAGACUGUGCAUGGAUCACCGCUUUCAGUAAUAUACCUUCGAAAUUUCAGUCAACAUACCGACGGUUGCGUAGAAUAACCGGCUAUCUCGAGUCAGAUUUGAAAAACCGGCUAUCUCAAGUUAGGCUUCAAAAACCGGCUAAUUCGAGGUUCGCUUGAUAAACCGGCUAUCUCAAAUUAGGCUUGAAUAACCGGCUAUUUUGAGUAAAAUUCAAAAACCGGCUAUUUUGAGUAAAAUUCAAAAACCGGCUAUUUCGCGUUUAAAUUUUUUUGGCCGUAAAUUAAGUUGGUAGCACUGUCAGGUUGAAUACGAAAUUCGUCAGCGCCUCACAAAAUUCAUACGAGCUCCGUUUUAAUUUUAUUAAACUUAAUUUACGGUCAAAAAAUGUCAAACGCGAAAUAGCCGACUUUUGAACUUUACUCGAAAUAGGCGUAUAUUCAAGCCUGACUCGAGAUAGCCGGUUAUUCUACGCAACCGUCGAUAUAGAACGUCUAUAGCUGAAAAUUCGGUUCAGCUGAUAGGUACAGAGCUAGUUUAAAAAUAAAUUGAUUUAUUAUGGUUCAUAUUAAUUAGUGUCGACGAAUGAUAUCUAAGAGUUACUUAAGUACGAUAAUAAUUUGUACGUACUGUUCUUUCCCCCCCAUUCAUGUAUUUAUACAUUGGACCAGAUGGCGGCGAGAUAUAAGAGAAUUGUAUAAAAUUAAAAUAUUUUAUAGUACCGAAUCUUAUCCAAUAUAAUACAACAGUCUCACAGUCUCAGUCAUAUGAUCUGAGCAAAUAUCGCGAGAUAGUGCUACACAUUACUGCUAAAUGCAAUACUUUGAUUAACCGCUUUUGGCUGCUAAGAAUUUUGAUUUUCCAUAAACAGAGAACUUAAUGCUCACUCAAAUAGGUACGCCCCAAAAGUCGUUUCAUACUUGGUAGUCAUUUUUGCACAUACUCUGAAUGUACGUGAAUAUAGAACAGUUAAUUAUUUGUCCAUUUUGCACUGAUUACCAAUGGUAAUUAUCUCAAGAAAAAAAAAAUGAAUGAAUAAAAAUAAUGUAGCUAGUAAUUGUGAGUUAAUAUUAUUACUGAUCAUUACAAUAAGAUAAAUUGAAUAUUGAUAAUUAAUAAUGAAUAUACUUCAUAUUUAUAUAUGUAUAUAUGCAUAUAAUAUUAUACAUAAUUAUGAUGAAAUGUAUCAUAUUAUAUUUAUGUAUAUAUAUGUAUAUAUAUGUAUGUAUGUAAACAAAUAUAAAGAAAAGGCUAUGGAGCAUUUUAGUUUAAAGUCUAAUGGAACAAUAAGAUAUAAUUAAUAAUUAUUAAUAGUAAAGUAACUAUCAAAAUAUAUAAUUUUUUAUCAAUGUCAAAUGAGAAAUAAAACGAAAAGGUGAAAAAAAAACUAAAUUUAAAAGUGAUGAAAUCUUAUUACUAUAUGUGAUGCUUUAUCGAUUUAAAUCGCGGGAAAGUGACCUUUAUUCAGACAAAAUUGACGUAGGGCGGUUUUGGCUAGAAAAUGUGUGAAUUUUAUUUAAUGUUUUGUAAAAAAGAUCUCAGAGACCAGUAAUGAAUAAUUACCUCAUCAAGCAACGCUACGAGCUCAAUAAUUUAUGGAUUAAAAUCAAUUUAUAUAUUGAAAAUUUAAUUAUUUCACUUAUUCACCUAUUUUUCUUUCAACAUUCAGACUAAACUUCCUGUGUUCUGUUUUACUCAAAGAGACUGGUGAUUUUAGUCGAAAAUUAUCCUCAUCAUCAAUUAUAUUAUUUAUAUGUUAUAUAAUAAUUGAAUUUUGAACACAACAUUGACAUCCCAAUUCCGAUUUUAUUGCUAUAAUCCGAAAUGAUGAAUAUUAGCAUAAUUCUAUUGCAGGUGAAUAUUUUUGUGAUCUCAAGUUAUACGUUAAUAUACGAAUUACCAUUCAAUCAAACUUUAUCUUACUUGUAUGAUAUUUCAAUAUAUCUGUAUUGAUACAUUAUUUGAACACAUUAAUGAAUAGUUUGUUAUUUUAUUUUUGGUGUUUCCUCAAUGCUGGCUUCUGAAUCCAUUAAAGUAGCACCGUAUAAAAAAAAAUCUAUAUACACGUAUAUAGGUAUAUAUAUAUAUAUAUAUGUAUAUAUAUAUAUAUAUAUAUAUAUAUACAUGAUAAUAUUGUACAUACAAGUAGUGUGUUGAAUGUAUUUAAAUUAAAGAAUACAAUAAAUACACAAUUAGCGUUAGAAGUUAGCAGGAAUUUAGGUUGUGCUUACCAGAGAACACAGCAAAAUGUUUUUCUUGAAAUCAAGCGAUUUCUCUUUUCAUAAAAAGCUAACGAAUUCAUUUAAAAAAAUCAUUACCAUAUUUGUUAAACAUGUAGAGUUGGAUCACUAUUGCUAAUUGUCGUGGGUAAAGCAAUAGCCGGCAAGCUCAUUGACCAAAGUCAUAUUGACUAAGUAGAGAAGAUAUCAGAAUUUUUAAAUUCAUUACUAUUUGAGUGUAUUACGCAACAUUUGCCUGUGGAGGCAAUUAUAAUUCCAUCACAUGAAAACACAAUAUCCCCACACGCAAUACAUAUGUCACACAAGUUUACACCAAAUUAAAAAAAUUACUGUAAGAAUAAUAUAUAAAUCGAAUUUGAAUUGAAUAAAACAAAACGUGCUAGUUGCACAGCGAAACGAGAAUGAUAGCUGUGUUGCUAAAAAAAAAAAAAAAAAAAGUUAUAAUUAUAUUAUCAUAUAUUUGUUUUAUGUGUAUUAAA